UCACAUCAACCACAAAUAGCUUAAGCUUGGGCAAUAAUAAUAAUAAUAAAAGCAUUGAUUACUUUAAUGAAUUCCCAACCAACAUUACCACCUUAGUCAACAAACCAUUAUCUCAAGAAAAAGAUGGAAUUUCAAAAGAAAAAGAGAACAACAAGAAAAGGAGAAGAAAAGAAAAGAAAAAUACCCCAUCAACACCUCUAUCUCUGUUGUCUCUUUUGCUUUGCUUUCUUUCCAAUUAAGCUCCUUAUUAGUUUCCUUUUACACUUUCACACUUCUCAUCUCCACACUCAUAUUUACCUCCAAACUCCUCUGUUUGUACCUGUUUUUUUUUUCACACCUGUUCUUCAAUCCAGCUAAACAAUAGUUGUAACUUGUAAUAUAUUUUGUUUUUUGAGCUUUUUUGUCACAGCUAUCUGGAUACUGUUUAGAUAUUAAUUACCAUAAUUGAGUUUUUUUUGUUGUGAUUUGAUUUUAAGCUUUCCUUAUUAAGUUGGUCAGUUUAGUAACAUUAUUAGUUCUUAAAAAUCAAAUCUAAUAGAUGUAUUCUUAGGUAAUUGAUUUCAUUUCAAUGGGGUCUUUAGGAAGCCCAAAAACAUGGGUACCAUACCUUAACAACAAAGAUUGUUCACAAGGCUUCUGUAGUUUAUACUGUCCACAAUGGUGUUACAUGAUCAGUCCACCUCCACCACCAUUAGAUUUCCCAGAAGACAAUCAUUCAUCUCCAAAUUUCUCCCCUCUUGUGGUAGCAAUCAUUGGAAUUUUGGUCAGUGCUUUCCUUCUGGUAAGUUAUUACACCUUAAUUUCCAAGUACUGUGGAAACAUGGAUCAAGGAAGAAGAUUCAGAGAAGACAAUAAUAACAACAACCAAGAUGAUGAUUUUGAAGAAGAUCAUUACCCAUCUGAUCAUGAGCCAUGGCAUGUGGUCACUAAUGGGUUAGAUGAAGCUCUGAUAAAAUCAAUCACAGUUUGUAAGUACAAUAAAGGUGAUGGCUUUAUUGAUGGAACAGAUUGUUCAGUUUGUCUAAAUGAAUUUCAAGAAGAAGAAAGCGUUAGAUUAUUACCCAAAUGCAAUCACGCUUUUCAUAUUCAAUGUAUUGAUACUUGGCUCAGAUCACAUUCGAAUUGCCCUUUGUGUCGCGCACAAGUUGUUUGUGUAAAUGCCUCAACGAAUCCGACCCAGCUCCCAUCUCCAAUGGCGGAAACCUCGUCCAGCAACGAAACAAUUGAAGAGAACCCAUUUCGGGAAAUCGAAAAUGGCGUUCUGGGUCGUGAUCAGAACUCGGAAAGAUCAUCUAGGGUUGAAGAAUUCGAGAUCGGUAAUAAUGGCGGUAACGUUCGAAAGACGAGUUCGCUCCGUGCUUUCAGUGAUUUGGAAGAGAGACAUACAGUAAUUGAAAUCAGAGAUGAGAUCAGACGGUCGAUAUCGAUGGAUCAUCCAGGUCGGAAUCGAGUGUCCAUAGCUGAUAUUCUUAACCAUGGCAACGAAGAAGAUGAUGAAGAAGAAGAAGAGGAAUGUUCAAUUGGGAAAAAUGAGAGAAGAAAAGGGGUUUCGAUUAGUGUAAGAAAUCCAGUUGUAAUGAAGAGAUCGUUUUCGAGUGGUAGAUUUUUCCAUGGAAGAGGACGAAACUCUUCUGUUAUUCCCAUCUGAAAAAAUUAUUAUCAUUAUUUGGAAGAAGAAAGCAUAUUUCGGUUUUGAGAUUAAAAAAUAUAUUUUUAUUUUUAUUUGAUAGUGAAUUUAUUUUCUUUUUAAUUUCACUUAUUACUUGUUAGUGAUUGAUAUAUAUUGUGUAGUGAUUUAUUAUCUUUAACUCCAAGAGAAUGAGAAUAGAAUUCCUUUGUACAAUUUUCACCAACGAUAAUUCAAUGUUUGAACCCUUUCCAUUUCUA